AUGGUGGAAACCAUCCACGAAGACAACCUCAAUGCUGAAGAGGUGCGCAUUGAUGGGGUGAAGCUAGUGGCCGCACCAACGAAGGAACUCGCCUGCGUGCAGGUCGAGCUUACUGCCGAAGAGGGGGAUGGUUUGGAUUGCAUCCGCACAGAGCUCCAGGAGUUGUGGUCUGCACCAGAAGGCUCAGUUGAAUGGGUGGCGGCAAAAGCUCGCCUCGACACAGCUGUGCAGGCUACCACCACGACAGGUUGUGCGCAAGCGGCGCAGCUGGAAGCGAGAGCCAGAGAAGCCGAGGCAGAAGCAGCAGCUCCAGAAGGCGAAGAGCUCACUGGCGCUGCGGCGCGCAAGGCCAGAAAACUGAGACAGGAAGCCGAGAGGCUGCGAGCGGAAGCCAAUGCUGAGAGGGAGCGCAUGGCACGCUUCGGCCAAGCAGUUCGCCGGGCAAUGCGGAAGGCCGACGACGCUGCAAGUGUUACCGUGGAAUUAGAAGACGACGAGGAAGUCAAUGGAAAAGCCAUGGCAAAGGAUCAGAAGGUCAAGAAGAAUAGCAAGAAACGAUCCAAGAAGAAGGCAACAUCCACAUCGUCAUCCUCCAGCAAAAUCAAAAAGCGGAAGAGAGAGGAGAAAAUCCGUGAGGCAGUUCGGAAGAAGGCUGAAGAAGCCGCACGUCGCUGGCAAGAACGUGACGACCAGUUGGAAGCCAGCAUCCGCGUCGUGGAGCAAAGAGGAGCAAAAGCAGCAGCAGAGAGAGAAGCCCAGCGGCGCGCAGAAAAGGAACGACAGCUGAGAGCUGCAGAGCGCAUGCGGCGAGAAGGCAGAUCUCGUUCAAGGCGGAGACGCCGCAGAAGGUCCUUGUCCUGA